AUGUCCUACGAUAAUCAAUAUUCAGGUCGUAAUACACCUUAUACCUCGUACACCACGUAUCCAGGGUCCCACCUGAGCCAGUACCCCAGUCUGUAUUCUAGCUAUCCCAGCUACAGCCAAUAUUCAUCACAGCUUCGUCGUCGUAGAAAACAACGAUAUUUCACCAAGGACAUUGAAGACCUUUUAUAUGCUCUUGGAGAUGGUCCAUACCCCUCUGAAGAAACUGCUAAUGCCCUUGAUGACACCUUAACCGAGUACUUGGGUGAUUUAUGUUACGCUACACAACAAUACGCACGAGCUCAUGGACGAAAUCGAGUCAAGAUGGAUGAUUUUCCGUUUGCUUUACGCAAUGAUCCACUCAAAGAAGCCCGGUUUGAACAUAUCAUCAAGCAGAAACAAAAGAUUGAACGGGACAGAAAAAUGUAUGAUCAUGAUACCUACGUUAAAGAAAUGGAAAAUGCCGAAAAGAAGAAACGAGGACCCAAGAAAAGAGGAAGAAAGCCCAAGAAGCAAGUUGAAAACGACGAUGAGGACGACGACGAAGAAGAGAAUGACGAUUGA